CGACGACAAGACCCGAUCUGAAGUUUUAGAGGAUUGAAGACACGAGAGCAAACAGUUAAGACAAAAUGUUUCUACGUCGCUGCACCUUACUGCUGCUGAUCUGCCUAAUUGCGAGUGACGCCGCCAGCGCCGCACGCAAAACAAAGCGUCCUGUCAAGCCGGUCAAGCAGACCAAUCCGCGCACCAAUGUAACGCCCUCGCCGCCGGCAGUCGCCUCAUCGGGCAGUUCCACACCCGCCAGCACCAGCAGCACUACCACCACGGAAGGAAGGGGCGACCAGGAGGUGGUCACAGUCGGAUCUGCAGCUCCAGCCGGCAGCGGAGAACUGCCCAAGCCUCUGGUCACGCCCAUCGAAGUGCAGCCCGAGGCGAAGACGGACAAGCCAACAGCUCAGGAGGAGGACUGCGAUCCAGAUAUGAUUGGCUUUGAGAUUAUUACCGGCUACGUGCUUUCGGCUCCCUCGAAAAUGCUGGACACUCUGCCCGGCACAUUGAUGCUAACCGACUGCUUGGAGGCCUGCCAAAAUAACGAGUCCUGCAGCGCUGUCAACUACGAAACCGGAUUGUGUGUGCUGUUCAAGACGACCGCCGAUAAAUUGCCAGGUUCACUUUCGCGCUCGCAGUUUCCGGUUUUCACCAUCUACGCACAGAAAUCGUGUUUGGGCGUGCGUCCUUGCUCGAAGGCCUGGUGCAUCGAUCGCGUUCAAGGUUACCGCCUCCCGGAGCACGUCAAAUCUAGUCAGACGGUUCUGUCGCGACGCGACUGCUUAGAACUCUGCUUGGGGGAGACCGAAUUCACAUGCCGAUCGGCGAACUACUACCGCCACUCGGGUCUGUGUGAACUGUCCGACAUGGACCGCAUAACCUUGUCUGCUGGAGGAAGUGUGGAGCCCUACGAUGGAGCCGACUAUCUGGAGAACAACUGCGCCGAGGAGCCCAGCAAACUGUGCGAGUUCAAGAGGAUUUCGGGAAAGAUCCUGAAGACAGUGGAUUCGGUUUACCAGGACAUCAACACCAUCGACGAGUGCCGCGAUCUCUGUCUAAACUCGCCCUACAGAUGCCACUCUUACGACUACAACGACACUGGAGACAUGGUCUGCCGACUGUCGCACCACAGCCGCGCCACCUUGACCGACGUGAUGGAUCCCUACUUGGAUGUGCCCGAGGCAGCUACCUAUGAACUGUCAGCCUGCUACAAUGUAUCCAUUGAGUGCCGCUCCGGUGAGAUGAUCACCAAGAUUAGAACGUCAAAACUGUUCGAUGGCAAGGUUUACGCCAAAGGAGCUCCCAAAUCCUGCGCUGUGAACGUGAACAACUCAUUGGAGUUUGACUUCCGCAUGGGCUACAAUGACCUGGAGUGCAAUGUGCGCCAGAGUGCUUAUGGCAGAUAUAUGAACGACAUAGUUAUCCAACAUCACGACAUGAUUGUCACCUCCUCCGAUCUUGGCCUCGCCGUUUCCUGUCAGUACGAUUUGACCAAUAAAACAGUGCUGAAUGAUGUGGACCUUGGAGUAACUGGAGAGAUUGAGUCCUCCCUGAGCGAAGAGAUCACCAUUGAUUCGCCCAAUGUGAUCAUGAAGAUCACCUCCAGAGAUGGCAGCGACAUGAAGAGGAUCGCAGAGGUUGGGGAUCCGCUUGCCCUGCGAUUCGAGAUCGUGGAGCCCAACAGUCCGUACGAGAUCUUCGUGAGGGAACUGGUGGCCAUGGAUGGCUCGGACAGCGCCGAGAUAACGCUGAUCGAUGCUAAUGGCUGCCCCACCGACCAAUACAUCAUGGGCACCAUCCAGAAGCUGGCGCAAAACCGCAAGGUGCUGCUCUCCCAGUUCGACGCCUUCAAGUUUCCUUCGAGCGAAGUGGUCCAGUUUCGUGCCUUGGUCACGCCCUGCAUUCCACGCUGCGAACCCGUGAUUUGCGACAGCGAAGAUGGCGCCAGUGGAGAGCUCAAGUCUUUGGUUUCGUACGGGCGCAAGAAGAGAUCGGUGCUGAAUGGAACUGAUGGAGCCGAGUUCUUGCUCAGCACACGCCACCGUCGUGAUGUGGGCCCUGUGGAUGAUAACAUACUGCUCAUGCAGUCCAUACAAAUCACAGACAAGUUCGGGUUCCAGCCAGAGGAUGGCACCACUACCCAUGGAAAUGACAGCGGUCCCCACGAGAAGGCCUAUGCGGGCGUGGCCCAGGACAAGCUCACUUGCCUUAAUGGCUAUGGACUUAUCAUGGCAGGAGCCCUGUUCCUGUUGGCCCAGCUGAGCAUCUUCGGCAUCUGGAAGACCGUGCAGCGCCGCAGCAGCAAGGAGCGCUACCUAUACCAGCACGAGCCCACGCCCACCAUCACCUACGGAGCGCCCACCAUGCUGUACGGACCACCGCCCAACUCCUCCGCCGGAUCCUCGGCCUCGGGAGCGUCGUACGGGGGCAGUGCCAAGGACACGCUGAGCAAACUCUACGACAGCGGCAUCAACGGGCGCUACGGACAGCAGUUCUAGGGGAGAUCUGGGUGGCUCUGGCUGUUUGCCGGGAACACUUAGCUGGGAACAAACGCAAUAUGCCUCGAAAGCUUCAAAAGAUUCGAUGAGACUUGAAUAGAAAAUAUUCGCCUAGCAGCGACACAUGAAAUCUAAAAUCAUUGAGAACCC